AUGGAAAGAAAUCUAUUCGAUCCUGAGAAGUCACGAGUCAUCCCCCCGGUCAGCCAAAUCCCGAGACGAAUCGGAAGCCCACCACUUAGUCCCACACCCAUUACCAGCCGGGCUAUUAGGACACUAAGCCAGGAAUUGGCAACCACAUCCCGCCUCGCAGUCAAACGAGCACCACCACAAACAGAAUCCGACGAACUCCAAGACGAAAAGAGGCCCAAACCAGGGUCACGCACACCGUCAUCAGGUGAAGAAUCAGACUCAUCUACUCCACCACCUAUUCCGGAGAGGGAAUUGGAUGCUCCUAUAACAAGACACAUCAACCCACCAAAGUCACCGUCACCAACAAAGACCCUACCAGACAUCCCAACUGAGACCCAAGAAAUGGAUGCAGAACCCGUGCCGGGACCAUCGACAGCCCCAAACCAUACCAACCAUACCAACCACCGUAGAAGAAGCCCUCACGGAGGUAGUGGGAGUGGUCAUCAAGAUUUUGGGUGA